AUGGCGAAGAGGUUUAGCAUCGAACUUGCAACAGCUGUUUUUCGUGAAAAAAUUUUCAUCUCUUCUCCUCUUUCGAUUGACGAGAUUCUUUCAAAGCGCAUUGAGUUGAUGUCUAGUGAAGCUGAAGCACAAACAGGGGCAUUGGAGUUUUUUGCGAGGAAACAAUGUUCAGGGGACCUCAACCAAAUUAACGCUGUGACCGAGAACCACGUUGUUCCUUGUUUGGUGAAUUUUUUGCUGGAUAUGGAUGUGAACCAGGAUAUGCAGGCCCUUGCAACAUGGGCACUGGGAAAUAUUGCGGGAGGACUAUCUAAGCAUACUGAAGUUGUUGUUUCAAAUGGUGUAAUUCCUCUUCUCGUGCAGCUGCUGAGUAGUAAGAAUUACAUGAUUCAAAUGAAGGCUGUUUGGGCGUUAGGAAAUAUAGCGUGCGAUUCUUUAGAAAAAAGAGAUAGUGUAGUUGAAAAUGGUGCACUUGCGCCACUGAUGUGUAGGUUGAAAACAUCCAACAAACACGUCUUGAUGAUGACUAAAUGGACAUUACAAAAGAUGUGCAGUAAAGUUAUUCCACCAAGAUUUAAUCAUCAGAUAUCUACUGCAUUGUCCUUCUUCCUGGAAUUAUUAGCACUGGCAGAAGAUAAGCUGGAUGAGAGUGCUAUAGUAUCCGCACUCCAAGUUAUUAUACUUGUUGACCAUUCAAGUGAAGUAUACAAAGUCUUAGCUGAAAAAGAGGUGUACUUGGAAAUCGUAAAAUUGCUUUUCUAUGAUCCCAAAUAUAGCAAACUUCCUUUGUAUGCUUUAAUGGUCAUGGGAAAUUUGGCACAGUGUGGAAGUGCUCAAAAACAAAUCAUAAUCGACACUGGAGCACUCUCUGGCCUUAAGUGGCUACUUGGGUCAUCUGACAAACUGAUUCUUAAAAAAGCGUGUUGGGUAAUAGGAAACCUCGCACAUGGAAGAAGGGACCAUUUACAGGCAAUCAUUGAGAAGGGUUUUUUCCCUAUUCUGAUUGAUGUUAUGAACAAUAAAGUUGACACUACAUAUGAGGCGGCAUGGGCCAUUUAUACGGUCAGCUGUGGAUGCUUCAAACAAACAAGACACUUGCCGCAACUAGAAGUAACUCACUGCAUAAGGGGAUUAUUUACUGUCAUGAUUUUUACGAGCGACACAAAGUUACUUGAUGUGUGCCUUAAUGGAAUAAGCAAUUUCUUAAUUCAUGGCGACAUGCUAAGGAAAAAAUCUACUGCCAAUGUGGAACAUAUUAAAAACGGUGACAUGAUAAACGGUAACAGAAUUGCGGAACAUAUUAAAAACGGUGACAUGAUAAACGGUAACAGAAUUGCUUUGUUGAGGUUGUGGUCUUUGAAGAAUCACGAUGACGAAGAUAUUUCUUAUUUGGCGGCUAAGGUUUUUGAAGAAUAUUGGUCUUCGGAAAAAGAUGAAAUUCAAAAGAGUUAUGAAAGAGUUUUGGAAAUGUACUGA